CCUGACUGCUGCUUCUUGUUGUGAGAGGCAGAAAUUCGCGCCUGCGCAAAGCGUGCCUCACAGCGCGAGCCGCGCACAUCCCGCUUGUUAAUAUUCAUAAAGAAAUGGGUGCAGAGCGCUUGUGAUUGGCUCCUGAAGCCAGUUUCCAGGACAACGGAAACUAAACGAACAGUUUUCUUGACUACAGAACUGCGCGAGCUUUUUAGCUCAAGAUUAAUUUAAAAUUUCUUUAGUAAUACUUUAGUAUUAGUAGUAAUACUUUUUAUUGUAAUUAAAAUGGACAGAGAGCCACAGCACGAAGAAAAUAACAUACAUGACACUAAGAAGGAGACAUUAGAGGAGGAUACAUUUGUUGAUGGCAAUGAAAAAGAAGAACUAGUGCUGUCAGAUUAUGAAGAAGAGCCGAAAAAAGAAAACUUGGACGUGAAGACACAUGAAGUCAAUGAACCACUUCUGUCACGUGAUCAGAGUGUUGUUUUUGAGGUUGACAGCAGUGGUGAUGGUGAACCUUCAAGGUUAAAUCUUGAGACCCAGAGUCCUGCAUGUGAGAAGGAAAGGGAGGCCACUGCUGCAGCUGCAGAUAAAGAAGAUAGCCGAUAUGAAGAGUCCAUACAGCUCUUUCAGGAGCUAUGCGAGGAGAGAGAUAAAGUCAGCCAACAAAACAGGCAGCUGCAGCUGAAGCUGGCAGACUUCCUCAGCAAGAAGGCCAGAGGCGACAGCCAGCUGGAGGAGAAGCCAGAGACAGAGCAGCUGCAGGAAUAUAAGAAGUGCAUCAGUAUCCUGAAUGAUCUGAGGCAGCAACUCGCUGCUGAUUCAGAGUCAGCGCAGCAGCAGGCAGAAGAGCUGAGCUUACAGUCCCAGGAGAAGCUGGACAGGGUGGAGAAUGAAUGGCGAGCGCUGGUGGAGCUGAAGCGGGAUGCUGCUGUGUCAGCGCUAAGCCGUCGCCUGGGUAAAGAAGCAGCUCAGGCCAAAGUGGAUGCGGUCCUGAAAGCAGAGCAGCUUCGGCAGGAUGAACUGAUCAAGAUGCGUCUCAAGCAUUUCAAGCUGGUGUUUAAGAUUGGCAGGCUGGAAGCAGAGCUUCGCGAAGAAGAAGAGCACGGCCGUGACCCCUUGCAGAUCCAGUUUGAGCAGCUGCAGGCUAAGAAGCUAGAGCAGAAAAAACUGGCCGAAAAGGAAAACGAGGAAUCACUCAAGCUGCAGAAGAAGAUCAGCGUCUGCUUGGAGGUCCUUUCAAACAUAAAAGAGAAGCUCUACUGGAGCCAGAUGGAGGUCCAGGCCAAGCGAGAGCAACUGGCUAAGGUGGAGGCCAUGGUGGCCAGGAAGAAAGACCUCCUGACCCGGACCAAGCAGGCACGAAACAGCCUGCAGCGAGACAACAGGAAGCUGAAGGAGCGUUGUGGACUCCUGGGGAACAGGGUCCUGCUGCGGGACUUUGAGGAUACUGUGGAUGCCUCAAACCACCUGGAGAAACAUCUGGAGGAUCUGAAAAGCCAGCGAGCUGAGAUUAGCUCCAGCUGUGACAGAUGGAGGAAGAAAAUGGAGAUGGCUUUUAUGAAUGAAUGAUGAAAACAGCUUCAAAAGAUACGCCUGAGCUUCUCUAGAACAUUGAUGAGACUGUUUUAAUACAAACCAUGAUGUUUUUUACUCUAACCAUUUUUUUUAAAUAUCUAAAUCUAAUCAAUGUGUGAACGGUGAUGAAACAGUUAGUAAAAGCAACAGAAAAUAUUUCUUGGGCUCCAGUAAAGUCAGAGAGACAGGACAGGGGGUGGUGUGCAUCCAGGCCGGCUGUUUGAGAAGCUGCAGCCUCUGCAUGUCGACCAGCUGCUCAACCAGUGGAGCUAAACACCAGCCAAGUCAGGCAAGUAUUUCUUCUGGUACAUUCCCCGUGAACACUGUUAAAUGACAUACAGUAUCAUACAUGAAUUAGCUUCAUGCUUACUUUAGCGUGUGCUGCGUCAUUUAUGAGCUAUUGCCUAAGCAGAGUGAAGUAAAGUAAAGCUGAACAAAGAGCGAAAUUUAAAUGAAAUGAUGUGUAAAAUAACAAAAAAUGUGGCAGUAGUUGCACACCUGGCAUGUAGACAGUCUGUGCUCACACAGGCCAGAGUUUAUGUACAAACAGAUGCAAAGCUAAUG